AUGGAAAAGGUCAAGAGGUCAAAGGUCGCCCAUUGGGCCAACAAGCUCGCCGUCGAGAGUGAGCCUGGUCUCACCACUGCACAGCUCAUGCUGUACAACCACGAUCUGAAGCCUGUGGAACCUGAGCGCCGACAAUGGGGCGCAUGGAAUUUCGUUGGUUUUUGGGUUGCCGACUCCUUCAACAUCAAUACAUGGAUGAUUUCUUCCGCCAACAUUGUCGAUGGUCUUUCCUGGUGGCAAUCAUGGAUUUGCGUUUGGCUCGGAUACUCGAUCGCGGCUUGCUUCGUCUGCAUGACAGGUCGUAUCGGCGCGACUUAUCACAUUUCGUUUCCUGUUGUUAAUCGCGCGUCUUUCGGCAUUUGGGGCGCGCUAUGGCCCGUAUUCAAUCGCGCAGCUAUGGCCAGUAUCUGGUAUGGUGUGCAAGGAUGGAUUGGCGGCACAUGCGUGCGCCUAAUGAUCCGCGCUAUCUGGAACAACUGGCGAAAUGAGGACACUCCUGGAGGAGGAGGCAUUGCCAAUGGCAUCCCCAAUUCUGGUACCAACACGGUCGCCUUCGUCUCUUUCUUCCUUUUCUGGGCCGGAUCUCUCCCGUUCAUCUAUCCGCCAGUUCAUAAGAUUCGCCAUUUGUUCACUGUCAAGGCCUUCUUCGCACCUACCGCAGGAAUUGCCUUUUUCAUCUGGGCGGUUGUACGAGCAAAGGGACUGGGUCCUAUCGUUAAGCAACCUAGUGAAGCCAAAGGAUCUGAGUUGGGUUGGCUCAUGGUCAAAGGCAUCAUGAGCGCGAUUGCCAAUUUCGCUACUUUGAUCGUAAAUGACCCCGAUUUUUCACGUUUCGCGAGAAAGCCUUCGGACGCUUUUCUACCGCAGCUGCUUACCAUUCCCAUUGGAUUUGCAAUUACCUCUUUCAUCGGUAUCAUUGUAUCGUCCUCUUCGACCGUCAUCUUCGGAAAAGCCAUCUGGAACCCACUGGACCUGCUCGAGCAGUUUCUCAACGAGGGAGGGUCCGGUCAACGUUUCGGUGUCUUUGUUAUUGCUGCGGCCUUUACCCUCGCACAACUUGGUACCAACAUUGCGGCAAACUCAAUCUCCGCUGGUACUGACAUGACGGCUCUUGCACCACGCUGGAUCAGCAUCAGACGCGGCGGUUAUAUCUGUGCGCUCGUCGGUCUCGUCAUGUGCCCAUGGAACCUCCUCUCCGACACCAACAGCUUCACCACUUAUCUCUCUGCAUACUCGGUCUUUCUCUCAUCGAUUGCAGGCGUCAUGAUCUGCGACUACUACGUUGUGCGUAAGGGCUUCUUCCAAAUUAGGGACCUUUACUCUGGCAAGAAAACCGGUCCAUACUACUACACCCUCGGUUUCCACUGGCGCGGUUACGCUGCUUAUAUUGCUGGUGUCGCCAUCAACGUUGUAGGUUUCGCCGGUGCCGUUGGCCGCAAGGUUCCCAUUGGCGCCCAACGCAUCUAUGAUCUCAACUUCUUUACUGGAUUUUUGGUUGCCAGCAUCACAUACUGGGCACUUUGCAAAAUCAGUCCCAUCCCUGCUACGAGCGAUGUCUGGAUGGAGGUCGGAGAUGAGAUUACGGAUAUCAGCGUUGCGUAUCACAGCGAUGACGGGGAGCGGUACGACGAGGAAGUCAUGCACGGGGCCAGUGGAAAAGGCGUCAAGGAGGAUGCCCCGACCAAGCACUUUUAA